CUAUUAAACGGAGAUUCACCGCUCCCGGCACAGUUGCGUCUCUCCAGAGGCUAGCGAUGGUGCGGACCAGUGGCUCCAAGACCAGUUUUCGCUUCCUGCGUCUACUACUCUCAGUUUACAUGGUGUACAGCGCUCCUCACUCUCUUUCCUAUAACUUCACCAUCAGUCCUAAUCCCAGACCGGGACAGCCAUGGUGUGUGGUUCAAUGCCAGGUGGACAAAGAGUAUUUUCUCUCCUAUGACUGUGGCGCUGCUAAGAUCCAAUCCAUGAGUCUCCUGGGAGAGAAAGUAAAAGGCACAAAAGAUUGGGAAGGACAGAUGGAAACACUCAGAGAUGCUGGGAACGUGCUCAAAGAGCAAUUGCCUGACAUUGUGCCGGAGGAACACACUCUCAGGGAUCUUCUUACCCUGCAGGGUAUGAUGACAUGUCACAAGAAAGCUAAUGGAGACAGGGGUGCAUCCUGGUACUUUGGCUUCCAUGGCCAGAUGUCUCUCACCUUUGAUCCGGAAAAUGAAACCUUGACAUUGGUUCAUCCUGAAGGCAGAAGGAUGAAAGAGAAGUGGGAGCACAACAGGGAUGUGACCAAGUUCUUCAGGAAGACCUCCAUGGGCGAUUGCAGGGCCUGGCUUGAUCGUUUCUUGGAGCACUGGAAAGAGAUACUGAAAACAACAGCAUCACCAACCACGGCCACCCACACAACCCGGUCCAGGGCCAUAGCCGUCAUGCCCACGGCCUGCCUCCUCUUCGUGGUCUUCACCUAUGGGGUCUUCACCUAUGGCAUCCUAUGCUGAGUCCUUUUCACUAACAGGCUUAUGGUGCUACCACAAAGCCCCUGACAGGGUGGUCUGCCUCAGAGACUCUGCCUUUUGCUUGGCCACCUUUGAUCUUCUGCCGUUCAUUUUAGACCACCACAGAUUCACACCCUGCAAAUCCCAGGGCUACCAGCCGAUCCCGAUGACACAGUAGAUGUACCAUCUCAUGUCCUUUUUCAAUUUGGUGACUGUUCUACUCAGAACAUUUUUUCUAAAACAUUUUGCCACGUUCUCUUGGUGCUACUGAUGGAAUUCCUGCACUGAAACAUUCAAAUGUUUGAACAAGGAAUCGCAACAAACAGGACCUUUUCCAUCUUCUUCUAGUUUGUGGAAAACCAGACUCUUCUCUGCAUCUCGUGACCUUGUUCUUGCAAAUGAUGAUGCUGCCAGAAAAAUAACAUGUGCUGCUUAUUACAGAACCUCAGGAAUUCUUUCUGUGUCUGGGGAAACAAUGUGAGGGUAUUUAAGAAGAAUUCAAUCUUAUUUAUGAUUGUAUCUAUUAAUUUAUUACACUAGAUGUAAUUCCUUCAGAUUUCUGUUUUAUCUUUUGGUCAACUAAUCUUCGACAAAGGAGGCAAGAAUAUACAAUGGAAUAAAGACAGUUUCUUCAGCAAAUGGUGUUGGGAAAACUGGGCAGCAGCAUUUAAAACAAUGAAGCUAGAACAUUCCCUUACACCAUACACAAAAAUAAACUCAAAAGGGAUCAAAGACUUAAACAUAAGACAAGAUACAAUAAACCUCCUAAAGGAAAACAUAGGCAAAACAUUAUCUGACAUACAUCUCAAAAAUUUUCUCCUAGAAGAAAUAAAAGCAAGAAUAAACAAAUGGGACCUAAUGAAACUUACAAGCUUCUGCACAGCAAAGGAAACCAGAAGUAAAACAAGAAGACAACCUACGGAAUGGGAGAAAAUUUUUGCAAAUGAAACCGACAAAGGCUUGAUCUCCAGAAUAUACAAGUAGCUCAUACGACUCAAUAAGAAAAAAAUAAACAACCCAAUCCAAAAAUGGGCAGAAGAUCUAAACAAGCAAUUCUCCAAGGAAGACAUACAAAUGAUCAAAAAGCACAUGAAAAAAUGCUCAGUAUCACUAAUUAUCAGAGAAAUGCAAAUCAAAACUACAAUGAGGUAUCACCUCACACCAGUCAGAAUGGCCGUCAUUCAAAAAUCCACAAAUGACAAAUGCUGGAGAGGCUGUGGGGAAAGGGGAACCCUCCUACACUGCUGGUGGGAAUGCAGUUUGGUGCAGCCACUAUGGAAAACGGUGUGGCGCUUCCUCAAAAGACUAGGAAUAGACUUACCGUAUGACCCAGGAAUCCCACUCCUGGGCUUGUAUCCAGAAGGAACCCUACUUCAGGAUGACACCUGCACCCCAAUAUUCAUAGCAGCACUAUUUACAAUAGCCAAAACAUGGAAACAGCCUAAAUGUCCAUCAACAGGUGACUGGAUAAAGAAGAGGUGGUAUAUUUAUACAAUGGAAUACUACUCAGCCAUAAAAACCGACAACAUAACGCCAUUUGCAGCAACAUGGAUGCUCAUGGAGAAUGUCAUUCUAAGCGAAGUAAGCCAGAAAGAGAAAGAAAAAUACCAUAUGAGAUCGCUCAUAUGUGGAAUCUAAAAAACAAACAAAAACAAAGCGUAAAUAAAGGACAGAAAUAGACUCAUAGACAGAGAAUACAGCUUGUGGUUGCCAGGGGGGCGGAAGGUGGGAAGGGAUAGACUGGGAUUUCAAAAUUGUAGAAUAGAUAAACAAGAUUAUACUGUAUAGCACAGGGAAAUUUACACAGAACAUUAUGGUAACUAACAGGGAAAAAAAUGUGACAAUGAGUGUGUAUAUGUCCAUGUAUGACUGAAAAAUUGUGCUGAACACUGGAAUUUGACACAACAUUGUAAAAUGAUUACAAAUCAAUAAAAAAUGUUAAAAAAAAAAAAAAAAGAAAGAAA